AUGGAUUUAGUAAAAUACCUUAAUAAAAAUGAACAAAUCCGAAACAUUUGCAUUUUAGCCCAUGUAGAUCAUGGAAAAACAACACUAGUUGAUAAUUUAAUCAGUUCAAAUAAAAUUAUAAGUGAAAAAAAUAUAGGGAAAGUGAAAUAUAUGGAUAAUAGAGAAGAUGAACAAAAGAGGCAAAUAACCAUGAAAAGUUCUAGUAUACUUUUAGAGUGUACUUAUAAUAAAAAUUAUGUUACUGAAAUGUUUUCAAAUACUACAACUUCUGCUGAAAAAGAGAUUAAUGAAAAUGGUGAGACAAAUCAAACCACAGAAAAACCCAUUAACCCUCAAAAUGAAAAAACGAGGAAGGAAGAUAAUGAAGAAAAAGAUGGAAUACCAAAAAGUUCAAUGAGCGAAAGUACAUAUUUAAUAAAUAUAAUUGACACACCAGGUCAUGUUGAUUUUUCUUCAGAAGUUUCAACAUGUGUAAGAAUUUGUGACGGAGCUUUAAUUUUAAUCGAUUGUAUUGAAGGAUUAUGUAGUCAAACAAAAAUAGUUUUAAGACAAACUUGGAAAGAAAUGGUUAAAUGUAUAUUAGUAAUAAAUAAAAUUGAUAAAUUAAUAACAAAUAAAAAUAUGGAUAGUAUGGAUGCAUAUGAACAUAUUAAUAAUAUUAUUGAAAAUGUAAAUGCUUAUAUAUAUCAAUUAUAUAUGGAACAAAAUAUGGAUAAUGAAGAUAUCAAUAAUACAAUAGAAUUAGAAAAAUAUACAUUUUCAACUUUAAAAGGAAAUGUUUUAUUAUGUAGUAGUACACAUUGUUGGUGUAUCGACAUGAAUAUAUUUACUUAUUUAUUUUGCAAAAAAAUGAAUAUUGAUAUUAAUAAUUGUGAUAAAAUAAAAAAAUAUAUGUGGAAUCGAUAUUAUUUUAAUAUUAAAGAAAAAAAAAUCUUAAAAAUUCCUAACGAUACUAAUAUAUUACCUUCUAGCGGGGCAACAAGUGUAGCGAAAAAAAAAAAAAAAAAUUUAUUCUCAUUAGUUGUUUUAGAUUUUUUAUGGAGAAUAUAUGAUAUUACUAUUACAAAUAGAGAUGAUGAACAAAUAAAAAAAUUAUGUACAGAAUUAAAUAUUUCCGAUCAAUUUUUACAAAAUAGUAAAUAUAAACAAAAUAAUAAUGAAAAUAAUGUUUUUAUAUUAACAACUAUUAUGUCAAAUUUUUUAAGUCUUUCACGAUCUACAUUUAAUGCAUGUAUUGAAGUAUUUCCAUCAUCAAAGAAUAUAAGUGAAAGCAGAUUAUUUAAAAUAUACCCAUCCUUAUAUAAUAAUCCUAUUUAUAAAAAUAUGUUAAAUUGCGCAUCAGAUCAAACUUUUACUAUUAUCUAUAUAUCAAAAAAUAUAUGUGCAAAUAUACAAAAUAAUACAAUAGUAGGGUUUAAAGAUUUUCAUGGCCAAAAUAGAUUUUUAUCGAUUUGCAAAAUAUACUCUGGAAUGCUAUAUGAAAAUAUGGUUCUAUAUGUUUGUGGAAAAAAUAUUCAAACAAGGAUAAAAAAAAUUUACAUAUGCAUGGGGGGAGAUCUAAUACCUAUUAAACAAGCAUAUGCAGGUAAUAUUGUUGCCAUCUAUUUAGCAAUAGAAAGUCAACAUGCAUAUGAUUUUAAUCAGGAACCAAAUGAUUACAAUAUUAAUCAUUCUACUUAUGAAAAUUCUGAUUCUAAUUUGGGAAUAAAAAAUGGAAUAAUAGACAAAUCUGAAUGUACCACUUCAUAUGAAUAUGAUAAAAGAAAAGAGGGUGUAAAAAAUUCAGACAUAAUAUAUCCGCAAGAAAAUGUAGCAAAUCCGAUUGGUCAUUGGGAUUUGCAAUAUUUGUCAAAUACGGUAAUGAAUUUAAUAAAAAAUAAAAAAAACAAUAAAGAGCAUAAUAUAUUUCUAAUGAAUGAUAAUGAUGGCAUAUUUUUAAAUAAAAAUAUUACUUUGUCAAAUAAAAAAAAUGUUGAUUCAUUUAUAUUACCAUUUUCUGAUACAUGCUCAACAAUAUUACAUACAAUUAUAGAACCUAAAAAUAUUCAAGAUAUGAAUAAGUUUCUUCGUGGUCUUAUUUUAUUAUACACAUGUGACACAUCAAUAGAUAUUGAUUUUAAUCAACGAGGAGAAUAUAUAUUAAAAUUUUGUGGAGAAAUACAUAUGCAAAAAUGUUUAUCUGAUUUUGUUAACAUAUAUAGUAAUAUAGAAAUAAAAACAUCAGAUACCAAUAUAUCUAUAAGAGAAGGUAUAAGUGACUAUAAUAUCAAAGUGAAAAAAAAGAAAAAUAUUGUUCAUGAUAAUAUAAAACAAUUGCAUUCUUAUUAUAAAGAAGUCCAAAAAAAGAUUCCUUCUAAACAAAAUGAGGAUAAUAACAUAACAACAGAAAAUGGAAAAGAAAAAUUUAAAAACUUAUUAAAUACAGACAAUACUAAUAUAAACAAAGGGUCUACAAACCCUCAAAAUAUUCAUCCCAAUAAUGAGCCAAUAAUUUCUUCUAGCCCAUUUAAGCAUAUUCACAUAGAAAAGGAUAAUGCAUUUUUAAACACACUAUUUAAUUAUAGUAACAAUAUUAUAAGUACCAAACUAAAUAAUGACUCUUUUUAUAUUUUUUUAAGUGCAUUAAACAUGCCAGAUAAAAUGUUACAAUUUUUUGAUAAACAUUAUUCUAGUAUUCAAACAAUACUCGAAAAUAGAGGAAUAUCAUCCACUUUUUUAAAUUAUAGUAAAAAUACAUUCUCUGGGAAAAAGGAAGACUUUAUGUAUAAGCAAUGUUUAAUGAAUUUAGAAAAAUGUAUCAAUGAUAUUUUUUUUUCUGAUAAUUUUAAUUGUGAAACUUUUACUGGUGAAAAUGAACCUCCUUUAGACGAAACUAAAAAGGGAGAAUCUGAAGUGCAGCAAAGUUUUUAUUCAGCAAAUAAUGAACACAACGAACAUAACAAAAAAACGGAGCCUACGACAAAAGAUAACUAUCAAUCCAACUUUUUAAAAAAAAAUAAAACCUAUCAACUUCAAUUAUGGGACAUUUGUGUUCAAAAUGAAAGUAUAACAUUAUUAUGUAUUAAAAAAUAUCUUAAUAAAAAAAAAAACAAUAAUGAAUAUGCAUAUGAUAAUAUCAUAACCAAUGAAGAAUACAAAAAUGCAAUUAAUCAGAGAUCUUUCGUCGAUACAUAUCUUUCAGAAAAUAAUAGUGAUAUUAACAUUUAUUUGAAUAAUUUGUGUCUAGGUUUUAAACUUGCUUCCAAAUAUGGCCCAAUAGCUCAGGAACCAAUCAGGGGAGUUAUAUUCAUCAUUGAAGGACUGAUAAUAGAUGAAAAAUGCACAGAUAUACCUUUUGAAUAUUCCAACUUAAAAAGAGAAACACUAGAAGAAGAGGAAGAUACGAGUGGCUCUGCAGAUACCGAUAAAGAUGAAGAAAAAAAAAUAAACACUGGAAAUAUUAUUGGCUUAAUGAAAGAAGCAUGUUUAACUUCCAUGCAACAAAGUAAACUUCGGAUAUAUGAGCCAAUGCUAAGAUUAAAUUUAACAUGUGAAAGUAAUGUGUUAGGAAAAGUAUAUAAUGUUUUACUAAAAAGAAGAUGCUCUAUAUUGUCAGAAGAAAUUAAAGAUGGCUAUUUCCUAUAUUUUAUAGAUGCUUAUUUGCCAUUAUUUAAUUCUUUUAAAUUAUCAGAAGAAUUGCGAUCUAAAUGCUCAGGAAAUGUAAUUUAUGAUAUUCAAUUUAGUCAUUGGAAUAAAUUAGAUGAAGAUAUUUUUUUACUAACUGAUUCUUCUACUAUAAUUUACGACGAAGAUUUUGAUACUAAGUUGGCUGAUAAUACAGCGACAGAAAUUGUUAAUUAUAUUAAACGAGCUAAGGGUCUUGAAACAAAUGAAAAAAUCAUACAGAAGCCAGAAAAACAAUGCACCCUAAAAAAAUAG